AUGGGAAAAGCAGUGCAAUGGCAGCCAAAAUCCAGUAAACCCGACUCGAAAAAAGACCCUUCAAAGUGGUGUGACUUUCAUGCUGACACCGGUCACACCACCAACGAGUGCGUAGCGCUGAGAAGAGAAGUUGCCUAUUUAUUGAAGAACGGACAUCUCAAAGUCGUCUCCAACUCUCCUUCUCAACUUCCUCCACCUCUUCAUGCCAAAACUGUUAAUUUUAUUGCUGGAGCGAAGAGACAUACUUGGGAGAACGAGGUCGAUAGACCAGCAUUGGUGGUCGCUGCAAAAUAUGUGACUUCCAUAUCCUUCGGCGAAUCUGACGCCGGGGACAUCUCUGACAAACACCAUAACGGAUUAAUGAUAUCCAUCCCCGUCGGGAAUUGGAUGAUCAGACGAGUCCUUGUCGAUAACGGAAGCUCCACCAACGUUAUGAUGUUGGACGCCCUCAAAGAGAUGGGGUUAAACCCAGAAACGGACGUCAUCAAGAAGCCAACAUUUCUGAUAGGAUUCAGUGGCGAAGCAAAAACCACCUUUGGAGAAGUCACUUUGCCCGUCUAUGCCCAAGGGGUGAAUCAAUAG